AUGACAACAACUGCACUAAUUGCGUCGACUGUUCUUAUCUUCGCAACCUUCAUUUCAAACACUGAUGGUCAUGGCUACAUGCUUAUCCCCCAAGCGCAAUUUAAAGGAUCUGCUAAUUCGGCUUGGAUUGUGCAAAUUGACCCCCUCUGGAAGAGCUCGGAUUGGAAUGGUAACACCCAAAAAAGUGUUAAGACCUUUCAAAAAUUGAAGGCUGCCAACAAAUUCAAGGACCUCAAGACUCUCAUGGAUACGUCUGCCUUUGGCGCCAAAUGUGGCUUCAGUGAUCCCAAAGGCAAACCUCAGCCCAUUCCCAAAGAUGGCAAAGCCACCUUCUCACGUGCUAUAGUUCACACAGGUCCAUGUGAGAUCUGGCUUGACAACAAAAAAGUGCUUUACGAAGAUGACUGCUAUAGCAAGUACGGUAAUGUGGAUGUGAACAUCAAAUCGGUGUUUCCAGUGGACUAUUCGUCGUGUGCCAAUGGAGGGUGUAAGGAGAUGCGUUUCUACUGGUUAGCGUUCCAGGGCGUGAAUGGAAAAACCGUUUGGCAGUCCUACAAAAAUUGCAUCCCUCUUCAAGGAUCAAGCGGUAAGAAUGGUGGUACCAUCCGACGAGGAUCCUCUUAG